AUGUUCGAUCCACUAGAUUUGUAUGAGGUAGCUGAAGCUAACGUAGAAGAGACACUCACUUUUGUCGAGUCGAAUUCUGUUGGAGCUCCGGAAUAUUACGAAAAUAAAAUUGAUGAUGAUUCACCGAUUGAUAUAUUAGACCUUCCAUCAAUAAGAUAUGCACCAGAGAAUGUAGUAUUGUGUGUUCUACGACUCUUAAGACCAAAUACUCAAGUGAACUUUCACGCGGACACUGAAGGAGUCGUUUCUAUUGAUAGUAUACGUAAACAAAAAGAAAUAUCAGAGAAUGUAAUGGAUGAAGUUAUAAAUUGGUACGGCCCAAAUGCCAGGUUGAAUACGGUAGAGAAAAUCUUCACCAAAAUACCAAGUAAUUCCCUAAGUAAAGAUACCUUAUUAUCCUACUAUACUUCCGUGUUGAAGCAUUUUACAGAUAACAAAGAUAUAGUUAAAGAAGUCACUUUACGUAUUUCAGAGAAUUGUGGUCGUAACGCCAUGCCUUCUACCUAUAGGGAAUUUCAGAUAAAUAAUUUGAAAAAAAUUGUGAAACUAUUUGAGCCCUCGUUGACGAAUGAUAACUUGGGGUGGAAGACGUGGGGAUCGUCACUCAUUUUAUCGAAUAUUUUAUGUGAUAGGAUUGAUGAAAAUUUUCUAAAAAGCUUCAAUGGUAAGAGAAUAUUGGAAUUAGGUUCAGGAACAGGUUUAGUUGGCAUAUCAGUAGCAUCUAAACUUGAAGAGAUCGGGGUUUUAGAUGAAUAUGAAAUUUAUCUUACUGAUUUACCAGAGAUUGUUACUAAUCUGGAAAAAAAUAUUAGUAUCAAUCAACUUGCUAAUAGAGUAGUUUCUGAUGUAUUAGAUUGGACAAAUCCUGAGAGCUUUGUGUCAAACUAUGGUGAUACUAGAUUUGAUGUGCUUUUAAUAUCAGACCCCAUAUAUUCAUCGAAACAUCCUCAAUGGGUUGUGAAUAUGAUCGAUAAUUUUUUGUCACAAGAUAAUCAUCAAGCAAGAUGUUAUUUACAGAUACCUAUUAGAGAUAAAUUUGCUAAUGAAAGAGAGAAUUUAAAAAAAUUAUUAGUUGAUAAAAAUUUCGAAGUUGUAAAGGAAAUGUAUAGUAAAGGUUUUGAUGACUGGGGUGAAGUAAAAUACUAUUAUAGAGAACUUAAAAGAAAAUCAGAUUAA